AUGCUACUCCGUCUGCCCGCAGAACUCGUUGCACGUAUUGCCCUCCACCUCCUCGACUCGCAGCCAUUCUACCCGCCUCGUGCUCUCAACUCCUUGCGUCUGACAUGUCAAUCCCUUCGCCAACUGCUGGACUCGAAGCAUUUCAAAGGAAAGGCCUUUGGAGUAUGCUUUGACGUGGGUAGCGUGGGUAGGAGGAACUUCGUGGCGGACACGGGGAUGCGGGCUGAUCAAUUCGAGGUAUGGAGUCGAACUGUGCGUUCGAUCUCGGAGAAGGACGUAAAUGAAGACGAGCCUGGCGACCAUGCCCCCUUUACCCUCCUCACUACCUACCCCUGGGACAUCGGGGAGACCUUCCUCCAGGCCUAUGUCAUGCUUCUCUCCAACGACGGCAAAAAUAUCGCGCAGCUAGAGCAUGCUGGCCUUUAUUUACUCCUCCGAGCGUACUUGAAGAAAUAUUUGUACAAAGGGGAAUUGUUGGAUAAAGGCUGGCCAGUUGAGAGCUUGGAGAAUUCCUGCGCAUUGUGGUUGCUGUGGAUGAUGACUACUGAAGAGAGACUGAGCAAAGAAAGCUUGGAGGAAAAGGAGGAACUCGUGAGCAUGAUACUGCCAUGGGUCAUGGUUCCGUUUAGGUAUUCAUCAGCACACGCUCCGCCCUCCCACUACACCCUACCUCUCGACCAACAUGGUCAAAGUCGGCAGCGGUACAACCUCCCACAUACCGUCACCACAGCUCAUGGCCACUACCCAAUAUACGGGCCGGCCGUUCUCCCUGCUCCAACUUCUCAGGCAAUUGUAAAUCUUCCAUACACCCGAGGGAAUUAUCUCGAUGUCUCCUACUUCGGCACUCGUUGCAUAUUCUCCGCCCCUCCACCCUCAAUCGCAGCCAAACUGCUUUACUUCUCGCGGCGGAGAGUUGGGUUUCAGAUACCGCCGCAUCUACCUGCAACGCGGGCGGAGGCAAUUCGACGCGCACAAGAAGCGUGGGAGAGGGAGCAGCGGGAGAAUGGGCGUGUUAUCGGUGAAAAUGGUGUGGUGUGGGACGGACGAAUGCCUAUCGGCCCGACAAAAGAAGAUAUGGUAGACUUGAACGCACACCAGAGUACCGAACUUCCGAUGCGGUCUAGUUGGUACGCCGGUUGGAAUGGUCUAGAUGCACUCACCGCUCCUCCAUCGAGGUGGUGGGACAAUGACUACUAUCGUUCAAGAUACUGCUACAAUGUCUUUCUUGACAAUGCUAGAAGAGGUGGCGACGUGUACACUCCCGGUAUGCUAGAUGGAUUAUGGCAAGGCCGCAUGCUUAUCCCCUCCGAGCACAUAUUACGCUCGAUCUUAACAUCUCCUCGUCUUCCUGCAGAUCCCAAUGCCAGAGUCGAGGGUCAACCCGACUACCUCGCUGAAGUCACCUCGGCCCUGCCCCUGAUUAUGCGUUUAGGGGAGUAUCAUUGGCUUGAUGGCAGUAGGCGUCGGAAGGAUCGGACGAGAUUAACGAUGCAGCAGCCCCUUGAGGAUCGUCUUAAGGCACUGCACCAGGAGGCCGCUGAACCUGGAGGUAUUGCUCGCUGCGCCAAAAAGGUCAACAGGAUUGACGAAGGCAUGGGCAACGCAUGGUUUCCUCACGGUACAGAUUUUGCCGUCGACAAUGAUGACAUCCAUGUCAGAUCCCCUCCCUCGGACUUUGUAGCGCCAAUGCCAUCUCAGUACCAGAUACGCAACGUCGUGCCUUCGCUAUACGAGAAGUGUCAUGCCACGGAGUCCAAUUCACACGAUCCCGAACACUGUGCGAAGUGUUUAAAGCGAGAGGUCAAGAUGCAGACGAGGAGGCGGGCGCUAGCCGCGGAGAACGAAAAGGCCAUUGCACAACGAUUAGGCAGCGAUGAGGUCGAACGCAUAUUCGAGAGCGUUGGCUUAGGUCGUACACAAGACUCGAUACUUGAAAUGGACGUCGAUGGUGACGAGGAUGGAGAGGAUUGGAAGGACGUCGAUUCUGAGGAUGAUGAAGACGGCGACGAAGUCAUUCAAGAAGACGACCCCCUCAUCGCUCCCCCAUGUCACGGUGUCCGCGACGUCCUCAUCCACGGCUCCUCCGACCUGCCUCACGCCCUAGCCUGGCAUCCCUUUGUCUUCCGUGGGCGCGUACGCCCUUGGGACGGUCUAGUCGGCAUUCUGCGAGUCUCCAAAAACGGCGCCUUCACUGAUACGUUUUUCUACGGUUAUGUCGUUGGAGGCAAGAAUUUCGUGGGGAAUUGGAGGAAUGUGGGUGCGGAGAUGGACGCGGGAGUUCCUGCAUGGGAGGGCGCGUUUUCGAUGAGCAAGAGGGAGUGA